AGUUCCCUCAAAGCUACUCGGAGGUGUUAGUUGUCAAUAUGGCUGUUGUCAGACAGACAAAGCGGAGAGGCAAAUAAUUCGCCUCUGAUUAGAAAUCCUUGGAAAGGGGUCGGACAGGGCACUGUAAUCAAAUUGCUGUACAGUUUGGUUGCAGUGGAAACAGGACGGGUCAUUGUUCGAGUUACAAAGUUAAAUGGUUGAGUGGACAAUUUGAACCGAGGUAAGUCAUGUACUUAGCUAUUUCCAAUACUUAAAGUGAUGUUAUUAAUAUCAAAUGUACGCUAGCCAGCGACAGCGGCUAACGUCGGCUAGUCCCAGCCUUGGCACAGCUAGCAUGUCAUGCUAAUCAUUACACAAGCCUGAAGCUGUUAAAACUGUCCGAUGGCAAAGCUGCAAACCGUCCUGUGUGAUGCCCACGGACAGAUGCCAGUACGAAGGCAUUACGAUAAAAUCAUUAUGCGGACGUAUGUUCUGUCUCAUUAUGAAUUGCCACAGAAACAUUUGCUAACGUUAGCUUUUGGGCAAAGGGCGUGAAAGCUGGCAUCACAAGGAACUUACCCGCAGCCUUGGAAAAAAAAGACCAACAGAUUUGUGCGCUUUGCCACAGGCUUUACAGUCAGCAAAACGAAAAUACAUGGAUCCUACAAAAGACAGUGAAACCACAAACUAUGGAGAGUGUUAAAAACUGCAGCGCUUAGGAAAUGACUUUGGUUUACAGGAGCUGCAUGUUUGUGAAUGCAACUUAUCUUUAGCCAAUAUUAUUGAUCAGAUAUCAUCCUAGUGAAGAUGUUUUAUUCCCUUUGUUCCAUUAAUGUCUGCUUAGUACAACCUGAGGUCAAACUAAGUUUCCUCUUUCUGGUAGAGUUGGUCUUUGCUUAUAAUGAAAAGGAGAAGUAGGAUCAGUUUUAACUUUUUGUCCUCUGAGGAACAGAAAGGUCCAGUGUGCAACUGUAAAUCACUGUAAAAGCUUAAUUUUGACUCGCACACACCCGCAGCACUUCGCCUCUUAUCAGUGUGUUUCAACCAGUUAAACAACCUUGAGGCAAAGUGAAAAGUUAACACUGUAAAUACUUGACCAGGAGGGAUGGUUUCCGACAGACUGUGAGAGAGCUCUUUAUCAGUCAGUGCAGACACUUAAAGGGAUAUUCUGACAUAGAAUUAAGUUAGGGUCAAACACACUGUAGUUACACAGCUCGUUGAGAGAUGAAUGUUGCCAACUGCUUGCUUCUCUGGUUAUACCAACUUGCGUAACGACCAAACGAUAGCAAUACACAGCGGUCUGAGAAGCCAUAAACAAACCUCAACCAAAACGCCACUCUAUAGACACAAAUAAUGCGCAGAACAGCUCUUAUCUUCAUCUUGUUUGUAGCGAGAUGUUGGGCCAGACCAUCACCGCCUGCAGCAGGGUUAUGCAGCUCAAGAAGAACAUUUAUGAUCAUUUCUUCAUGGAAAUGCAAUUAGACUGAGACACAAAGGCAGAAGAACUACCGUGUCUGCAGUGCAAAAUGAAUAUGAUGAUUAUUACUUCAAGGAAAUGAUAAAGAAAUGAUCAUAAAUGUUCUUCCUUGAACUGCGAAACUCCGCAGUAGUCUGUAAUGGACUGGCCCGAGGUCUCGCUCCAAACAAGUGGCUACUGGAAGAGAGUAGGUGAGUUGUGUUGGGACCCUAUAUGUACUGUUGAUGAAGUUAAGUGCUGUUCUGAGCAUCAUUAGUGGCUAUGGAGGGGCGUUUUGGUUGAGGUUUGUUUAUGGCUCCUCAAAUCGCUGUGUGCUGCUAUCGUGCAGACGUUACUAAAGUUGGUAUAACUAGAGAAGCAAGCAGUCGGCAACAUUCAUCUUUCGACAGGGUGUCUAACUGGGUGUUACGGUGUGUUUGAUCCUAAAUUAUGGAAUAUCACCUUAAGUUUUGAAGAUGGUGAUAUUCUGUUUCUGCAUCUUUAACACAGUUUAGUUAAAAUCUCUGUGAUGUGACAGGGUUUUGCAGUGAAACUGUGAUUGAGAAUGAUUAACAGCAUUAGUAACCUUCCUUAUGAAUGCCUGAACAGACUAGUUAAUGUUCGCCUAAGCUACUAAGUAAUGUUUUCCAGUGACUGUUCAAAGUGACUUCCCCCUGUUUGUGUCAUCACCUUUCCUCUCUUGCUAAAGUCUGUUGUCACAUCGCUCUAACACAUUAUUGUGUAAUUUUCCACCGUGAUAACUUCAAAUAAUAUUUCACACUCUCAGUCUUUUUUAAUUUAUUUUUUUGGAGUAAUGCUAAGGUGGAGAAAUGCCAGUGACCCCUUUCAAACCAUUUAUCAUAUCGGCAUAGGUUAGCUGGCACAGAAGAUGGAAACUCUGCCGCAGUCUGAUUCCAGUUGCAUUGAUUUUGAGCACAGCAAAUUGCUUAUGAAAAACAUACAGCGUGGGUGGUGUGCAGAGCCAGGGAUAUGUUGUAGCUCUUAAAGAACGGCAGUCAGAAUGUUAAGAUAGCAUCAGCUGUCAAGGUGACUCUGGCACUCUGCGUGUGUUGCCUGCUGGUUCCCAAAAAUAGCUGAUUUUUAUGCCCUACCCCUCCCUCCCUUUUUCUUUCACACUUCUGUCUCCUGCUCUUGUCUUCCUUUUCUUAUCUGCUGCCUCUUUAUUUUCCUCCUCCAGUUUUUCUACUUUCCUAGCCCUCUCUUGCAACUUUACCCCUUUAAUUCUGCUUUCCUACCUUUUUCUCUCUCAUACUCCUCCUUUUCAAUCAUCUCAUUUUCUCCCCCGUCUGCAGCUGCGUUCCUUUUCACCCUGCACUUUCUCAAUUCUGUAAUAUCCUCUUUACUUUCAUCAGCUCACCAUCUGUCUUCUUUCCCCUGACUUUCCUCCUCGCCCGUCUUUUUCUCCAUCACUCCUUCUCCCUCGAUUUCCCGCUGAGAGCCGUCAUUCCCUCACUUUCCCUCCAGCAUUUCCUGUUUCCUCUUCCUUGAUUUUCUCUUUCCUCUGACUCACAACCUGUCUGUCUCUUUUCCAUCCAGCAGCAGGAUGUCUGAAUUCAGUGAGGAGCCGCGCUUCACUAUCGAGCAGAUAGAUCUGCUGCAGCGGCUGCGUCGCACUGGUAUGACCAAGCAGGAGAUCCUGCACGCACUUGACACCCUGGAGCGGCUGGACCGUGAGCAUGGUGACAAGUUUGGCCGCCGCACCUCCUCUUCCUCAUCCUCCUCAUCCUCCUAUGGAGUUGGGGGGGCAAACAACAACAACAACAACUCUGCCUCUAACUCUACAUCGUUCAACAAUAACAACACUGCCUCGGCAACUACCACCUCUUCCAUAUCAUGCAACGGCAACAGCGGUGAGGGCAACACUGGUGAUAACUCUGCGGCUGCUGCCUCUUCCACGACCUCCAAAAUCUCCACAGCCACACAGACACAGUUUGGCAGCAGUGGAGGGGGACUCUCACCCUCUCCUAGCAACAGCUAUGACACUUCUCCUCCUCCAGGGCCGCCCCCGCCUUCUGCCAUCCUGCCCUCACCUGUCUCGCUGGUGGCUCUUUCACAAAACGGCCGGGAUAGUCUGGCUGCCACACCCAACGGGAAGCUGUCACCUCCAAGGUACCCGGUCAACAGCGCAGCCGCAGCACGGGCGUUUGGGUUUGAGGCUGCAGAAGAGGACCUGGACAUCGAUGAUAAGGUGGAGGAGCUAAUGAGGUGAGUAGGAAAGUGGGAAACUUAGAUUUGUAAUUGUUGAGUUUGGUGCUUGUGAAGCUCUCUCUUUAUAAUUUGAGAUUCAGGGUCUUAUUAUAGAGGUGCUGUUGCUGGUCGAAAAGUUCAGGACUUCUGCUCGAAAUAAACACAGAGCCUGAGUCCUGAACCAAACCCUGGGGUCAAGUGUACUCAGAUCUGGGCCCUGUUCCCUUACGUGAAACACCUUGAAAUAGCGCCGACUGCAAACUGCACUGAAGCUCCGUUGUACGGCGAGAACUGCAGCUGGAACAAACUUAUUUUUAAAAACCUCAGGUUCGGGGUUUCACUUUAAGAAACAGCGAUUGAGAAAACGUCCCGACUGAGGAGUCACUCAGUGCUGAAACGGACUUCUUUUCUUGUCCGCGUAUACAUGCAACUAAGAAAAUUGAAUUAUUGACGUGAACGUGUCCUCCUGCCCAAAACUAGAGGACAAUAUGGGUCUUUUCAGCUGCGCUGUUUCCAGAUCUUUUUUACAGACGUCUCCAUUCCUCCUUUUGCGACCGUUCGUAUACUUUAGAAUGUCAAUUCUGAAUGACAUUAAAUGUCGAGGGAAAGCAUAUUGCCACUCUCCUCGUUGUUCCAAAAGUGGACAAACUCAGAUUAUAGCCGAACUAAGGUGUUUACAUGCACUUCAGUUGUCCAGUCUUAAUUGGAAUACGGCAAUAAUUCGUUUUUCUCGAGUGUCAUGUAAACGUACUGACUGACGUUCUUGAGUUUUGAUCAAAUAAUCACAUGGAGGACUUUGCCGAAUGAAGUAUGAAUUCAGGAUCUGGUCUGUGGUUUUUGAUUGAAACUGUUUCCCCUUAUCAACAGACACUCUAGACCACAAACAGCUCCACAAACAACAACAUCAGGUUUAAAAUGGUUCGCUUGCCGUUACUUAAACAGCUCCAGUGUUUAUAAUCUAUUUGCCUUUCAGUAGCCACCUUUUCCCUACUUCAAAGCACUUUACACAUUAGCCCUCCAUCCCGCCGCCGCUGCCUUCCAGCCUCCCUGUAUGAUCAGUCAGAACCAGAAUAGACAUAAAGAGCAAAGGCUCUAUCCUCGUGCUGCACUGGCUUUUUCGUUUCUCCUCCACGCUGCCUUUGCAUUAAAUUACAUGUCCUCUUCAGACAGCCUAAGAAGUUAAGAAGCGUUGAAAAGCCUGCGUCCUCUCUGUCUCUCUCUUGGGCUGUAGGACUCUCCGGCAUCUCUCUUGGCAGAGCUGCGGGGGCGUGACACAAGGUUUCUGCUUGUCGACAAUUCCACGGUGCCCUUCAGAUUUUUCUGUCUUUUAAGUGCACAUUUCCGUCUCUGCAGGGGUUUGGCCUUUGAGCUGGCAUCCAGCACAUCCGAAUCCCCCCCUCCUCCCUCCCUCCUGCACUCCUCUCGGUCUUGUACAGCAGCUUGUGCUACAUUGAUUCACUUGUGCCGAUAAAAGCAGUGUUUUUGAGCUCUAAUUUUAGCCGCACCACAAGAGGCUGGUGUGGAGGAUAUCGAUGCUGUAUGUGUCAAGACUCAUGUCAGGUUUUUUUUUUUACCCCCUGAAAUAUGCCCACACUCAGGACUUUGAUGAGAGGAUGUUGUAAAUACACAUGUAGUUUAAGCACCGGUGCUGCUGACAGGUGCUGACAGUACGGACUACGUACAUGUUUGGGUAAAUGGAUUUAUCAGUUGACAUAUUUGACAGGCAUUCACAGUCUGUACAGAGAUAAGGAAUUAAGCAAAAACCCUGAGUGUGUGUGUGUGUGCACAGCACUGGGUAGUAUGUAUGUAACGUUUGGGCUGGAAGCCAGAAAGCAGGGUGGGUACAUUGUGUGACUGCACAUGUUCACUCAGCACUCGCCAUUCCUGCGAGCCUCUGAGUGUGUGUUUCAUUUUUUCUCUGCCGAGGACGAAAACAGAAACAUUCUCUGCAGAUGGAAAAAUAUGGAUGAAUUGAUUGCGGCGCGAUCCAUUGAAAUUCACACAGUCGUUGCUCGUUUUUCAGUGAAAUCCAACACUGAGAGAGGAACAGAACGCAGAUAAAAAUGCCCUACGAAAAGAGGAGCUUUGGAUAUGAGCACUUUUCCCGUAGAAGAUCAAAUCAAGAAGAACUGACAAUAGAAGAAGUUACUGCAAAAUAUAUCUGGAGGAUAUUUGACAUAAAGCAGUCUAUACAGCAGCUUUUUAACUGUUUCAUGUCUAUAUAAAUUAGGGCUGGGCGAUAAACCGAAAAUUUACCAAUAUCGAAAGCAAUUGCAAUAAAUCAAACGGCUUAGAAAGGAAAAAGGUGAAGAGAGGAGUGUGUUGAUUAUUUAGCAGUGAGCGAGAUGUAGUGUCAAGACGCCAAGUCAUACUAGAGGUCCAUAAGACAUGGAUAGACAUGGACUAUUUGUCUAAAGGGAUGAAUGUAGGGCUGGGCGAUUAACUGAAAAUUUACUGAUGAAGAAAUUUACGACAAUAACAGAUGUCAUUGUGCCCAUAUCGGUAUAUUCGGUGACAAAAAAAGUUGGUUUUGGAUGUGUGUAGGUAGGCUAUGGUCUCAUGUCCCUUUAAGACGCUGUCCUACGUCAGAGGCGUGACUCCACCCCAUCCAGUCUGUAACAAAGAGGGAAAGACAGGUGAGGAGAUGGAGGAUGGUUCAAAAGUUUUCGCGGCUGAAGUAGACGAAGUUAAUGUGGGAGGGGGUGAGCAGCUUGUGGAGUAGUUAUCGUCCAUUAUCGGACAUAUCACCCAGCCCUAAUUUAUAUAGUUGAUUAAGUUAGAAUAAAACCAGAGAUUCUGGGUUUAAAGUAGUUUCCCCAAAACAUCAACUUUAAUGCUUUUUUCUUUUGAUAUUGCUCUGGCAAAAAGGUGAAUUAUUGAGUUGUCUUUGCCGAAGGCAGGGUUCCUACGCAAGUACGGAAAAGUAUGGAAUAAAUUUGAUCAAUUUCCAGGUCUUAAAAAGUAUGGAAAACUAUUUAUGUUUCCACACUAUUACCACAGUUAUAAAAUAAUGUUUUCCAAAAUAGAAAAGUAGGUAUUCCCAAGUAUUUCUAAAAAGUAGGGUAUUGAAAAGCAUGGAAAUUCCAACUGUGUUAGGAACCCUGCGAAGGAUCGAACAGCUAUUGAAGAACCACAAAUUUAGUCCAUGUCCGAGUGCGCUUGCAUUUAGAAAACCAGGUUUAUAUUCAGAGUUUUUACCUCCCACGUUGAGUGACAGCCAGCUGUGUUUUGACUUGUUUGUGCAGGAGAGACAGCAGCAUGGUCAAAGAGGAGAUCAAAGCCUUCCUGGGAAACAGGAGGAUCUCUCAGGCGGUGGUGGCACAGGUUACAGGUACGUAGCAUCACUAGCACACUGUUGGAAAACAGAAGUAGAAGUAAUUGUGAGAUUUAAAGAAAAUUCUAUCAGAUUUUUGUGUCAUUUAAAACAUUCACGAUGCUAUCUAAAUAAAUCUUAAAAAGGGAAGAGAUGAGAAAUGUGCUGAAGAGAGAGAAAACACUCUCCUCCUCUCGUUACCCUUCUGUCUGUCUCCAGUUUUCCCAAAGCUUGUCAACAGAUGGUACCCAAACCUGACGCUAGAAAACACUCUGUUUGUUAUAGUUUGAUCAUGUCUGGCUGCUUUCUAGGCAUCAGCCAGAGCCGGAUCUCCCAUUGGCUGCUGCAGCAUGGCUCAGACCUCAGUGAACAGAAGAAGAGAGCCUUCUACCGCUGGUACACGCUGGAGAAAACAACACCAGGUACAUCACGGUCCUUCCACCCCUCCUUGACCCUUCGUGUUCAGUUUCAGAUGGGUCAGUGGUAGGGUCUGCUGUCAUUUGGACUCUUACUCUUGUUCUAUACUGAAUCCAUACCCAGAGUUAGGAGGUCAGGGGUUUGAUUUCUGCUGUCGACAAGCUGAAGUCAGACACUCGACACUUGUACCCUGUGGUGUGUGACUGGAAUUAGUUAAAAACUGAUGAGCUCUAUACAUAGCAGCCUGUUCCACCACCAGUGUGUGAAUGUGAUGUGAAUGGGUGAAUAUGACAUGUGAUGUAAAAGUGCUGUAAGUGGUUAGAAGACCAGAGAAAGCUCCAUAUAAACACAGUCUAUUUACCAUAUACCACUAAUGGAAACACAAAUAACUGCAUUCUGUGCCGUUCAGAAGAGUCCGCCUGGUGGAAAGUCCCACGUCUCCGGUCUACAGCUAUUUCUGCAUUUUUAUAUGUCAGUCCUGCACGAACUUCUGCUCUAUUAUUCAGCUUCAAGGACAGUCGCAUCAUCAAGAAAACGUUUCUGUUGUACGACACGAACUUACAGGCUAACAACAGAAACGACAAGCCUCACGCCGGCCUGGGAUAUGUAAACCUGUGUGUGUGUGAGCUAAAUCAACCUAUAGCGAGGCAGCAGACAUCCCACGCCUCGUCCUCUGCGGCAUGUUCCUCAGUGGAGCCCUGCCAACAGCGACAGCAGUGGAAAGUGCUCUAUGCUAUUUAUGGCCAGACUGAGCCCAGCUUGGCUCAGCUCAGCCCAACCCUGCACACACACACACACAAUCACACACACAUCCCUCAGUCACUGCUGCAUAGAAAACUGAUGCCCUAAUCAUGCUGUUCUGAUAACCUCAACUGUUACUGUCGGUGUUCGCUGAAAUAAUGACACCCGACUGCAUGAGUGGGGUUUUACUGGUAGAGCUGGUGUCAGGGUUCAUUCCCAAAGUCCACAUGCUAAAGUGUCCUCCAGCAAGACUAAGGAUGGGAACUGUUAAGAAUGUAGUGAUUCCACUUCCAUCAUUGAUACUGCUUAUCAAUACGAUUCCUUAUCGAUUCUCAUUGAAUUAGAAAUAAGAUAAUACAAAUGGACUUGUUUGCAUUCACUCUUUAAUAUUGUCACAUUUGCAUAUCCAUGCACUAAUAAUUUAUGUGACCUACCCUUUGACCACAAAUCUGGCAACAGCUCGGUGACAUUUGUUUAUCUUCGCCUCGGUCAUUUUAUUCUUCCCCGCCUUGAUGAAGGGAGCUACCAAAGGUGUGCGAGAGCAUGACUCUGGCAGUCAUCGUCGCCUAAAUGUAAUUUAAGGAGAUGGAGAGUAUUUAUAUAGUGAAAGAGGGUUAACAUGGCACUGACACCUACACAACAGACAGGACCUGGAGGAGUUAGACGUUACCUUGAUGAUGCUGAGAUGUUAGCUCCGCUCUUGCUUUUGCUUCUACCAGUCUUGCCUUUGUAGCAUAUCAUACACGUUAUACUUCUGCAAAUUCCGCACACGGAAGUAUUCCCCCCCGUCAACGAAAUUAAGGCUUUGGAAGUGUUGCAGGUAGCCCCGGUAUCAUCUUUUCGCCUGAAAUACAGCCAAACUCUGGAGUGCUUUUGCCUCCACGCCACACUGGAAAGUUCUGAACCAAAACACUUCUCGUGUACUACGUCAUUAUGCAUCGAGACGGAAGAGGAACCAAUAAGCAGAGUCGUUGAGGAGGCAGAAAAACAGUUCUUAGGAUCGAAUCACUGGGAACCAGUUUGUUAUUAAUUCUCAUCCCUAAGCAAGACACUUAACCCCAAACUGACUCCAGUGGCUGUGCCAUUGGUGUAAGAGGGAUUAGUUAAAACCUGCGGGCUGUUUACAUAGAAGCCUCUGGCAUCUGUGUAUAGAUAUGGUGUGAUUGGGUGAAUGUCAAAGUACUUUGAGACGAGACACCGUCUAUUUACCGUCUAUACAACAAUUGAAACGAAGCAAACUCACAGGGUAAGCUUGCAGUCGGUGAUACUGGUGUUGUUCUCUCAGUCAGCCGGCUCCAUUGUCUCCAGUGUUCCCAGAAAAAGUUUGCAGCAGGUGGGCUGGCUGCCUUUAAUGAUUCUGGGGCUCCUCCCAUUUAGGGAACCUGGAGGUAGGAGGGAUUUUCCGCACCGUCUAAUCUUGCAAUUUUGAGAGCGAAUGCAUCCUGAUUUCUGCAGAGGAGGAGGAGUCUUUGUCAGCAUUAUUUAGUUGAGUUUAUAAUCAGACUGUAAUGGGAAAUUUGCAUUUGUUCUCCCCAGGUGCCACCCUCAACAUGCGUCCUGCUCCGUUACCUAUGGAGGAGAUGGAAUGGCGGCAAACACCACCGCCCCUGACAACCGCCACUGGAACCUUCCGUCUGCGUCGAGGAAGCCGCUUCACUUGGAGGAAAGAGUGCCUGGCUGUGAUGGAGAGGUGAGUGUUGGAAGGAGAGGCGGAAAAUCAUUAAAUCACAGCUGAUGAAAAACUUUUCUGUUAUUUCCAAGUGGAGUUGAACCUCCAAAGAAAAGGGCUGGACGACGACAAGCAGUUCAGUCACAAUAUUGUCUUGACGAUGACUCUGGAAACAUGAGAAGAAAGCAGCUAUGGUUUAUUGACAUCGCCUUUGUGUAUUAAAUUAAUUUAAUCACUCUGACUCUCCUGCUAUUUAUAGCUACUUCAAUGACAACCAGUACCCAGAUGAGGCCAAAAGGGAGGAGAUAGCAAACGCCUGCAAUGCUGUCAUUCAGAAACCAGGUAAGGCACUCACACGAGAAAUCUGCGUCUCUGUUGGAGUUGUUUUGUGAGCAGGUUUAGAAAAAGAUUUCAGGCCUUACAUCUGUUGCCCAAUCCGCCUCUCACUCUUAAACGGAUAAAUCUGAAAGUGAAACAAAGAGUAAAGAUGUUGUCGUGUUUUUCUCUCAGGAAAGAAGCUGUCGGAUCUGGAGAGGGUAACCUCCCUGAAAGUUUACAACUGGUUUGCUAACCGUCGUAAGGAGAUCAAGAGACGGGCCAACAUUGGUAAUGUAGCUUGAGACUUUACACUGAUGAUCAUCACUGCACAGGAAAUGACAUUAUGUAUUGUAGGCAUGGCUUUUUAGGUUUUGCUUAAGAGGGAUUAUAACAACUAAUGCAAUGACCAUAUACUCAUCCAUUCUGGACAAUAAGACACAUUAAUGAUCCUCAUUUUAUGCUCUGAAUAACUCUCCAUUUUCCUAAAUUUCUCAGCUGCUUGUUCUUUAUGUUUUAACCAUUUAUUAUUUACUUUUUACAGAUAAAUUUAAGUCUCAUUUCAACAUACUCGAGUCCAUUACUUAGCUAUUUGGUGAUUUCAGCCUCUCAUUUAAUAAUAACACUGUAAUUCUCCGUGCUCUCUUAAUUAUAAAUACAGUUUUUGGUGGCUGAUAAAUGUUGACACACACUCAGGAAGUGUAGCAGUAGAGUCUAGUUCACCUGCUCAACUGCUAUUCAAAUUUAGUUCAUGGUUACCUUUCAGGACCGUUAACACAAAGUUAAACACUGUGAUGCGAGCUCAACAUACCCGGACUAACUCAGAGUAGCUGCCCAGAUAAAGUCCAAAGCUCCAGGUGGAGGUAUCACGCAGCACAAAGCUGGUUAUCUAUUUCCUCUGUUACCUCAGGCGCUCUGCUCCGGUCUCUGAGCGUGCUCACAUGAAAACGGGGCGUUAAUCAUGUCAUUUGACUCGUCUUUCAAACAAAGAAUAAUCACCGACUGUCUGUUUUUGUCAGACUGUCAUAAUGAGAGUCGAUGAGUCAUUGCAGUAAAAAGUAAGCGCCGCUGCGGUUAAGUUAAGGAAAGGGAAAGUACUCUGCUAUUCAUAGAAGAAUGUAUUGAUUUUAUCACAACACACGCUGAGAGCCACCAACUUGAACAGUGAUACACAUAAUUUCUGCAACGUACGGGCCGGUGUUAUAUCAGAAAAUAGUGCCUUUUAUUGUUCUUUUGUUUCACUGAAAUUCAAAGACUGAAUUUUGAGAGAAGAGGGAGACUGAAGAAAGGAGGGAGGCUUGUGCUCACAACCGAGGGCAUUAAAUAGGAAUUAAAUUAAAUACAUGCAGCCUCCUCCUGUGAUGCAAAACAUACACUGUUUUUCUCUGACUGCACGGCUUUAUUCUCUGGUAUUAAAAUCCUCACGGUUUACUACAUCAGCUAGUGUGCAGGGGACAUCUUAAUGACGGGAUGGUACUCUAGAGCUGAUUUAAAGCUGCAGUUAGUUACCAUGGUGAUCAAGUCAGGUUUAAAACUUACUUAAGGCUCAACAGACCCGACUUACCCUCAACUGCAUCAAUAGAUCUCUCAUUUUUACAGAGAAUGAUAUCAGACAGGUGUUUUCAAAAUGCUCAUCUUCUUGUUAAGUGUCCCUGAACUCUCUACAUUUAGAUUACCAAAAAAAACAACUAAUGAUUAUAAGUAAUUCACUGUAAAUCUAAUAAUUCAUCCUCUUCCUCCAAGAAGCCACAAUCCUGGAGAGUCAUGGAAUAGAUGUCCAGAGUCCAGGGGGGCACUCGAACAGCGAUGACAUCGAUGGGAAUGACUUCUCAGAGCAGGUAGAGAGCGAUAAAAGAUCCCCAAAGACACUUAAAAAAAACUCACGUCUGAUUUAAGAGAAAGGUCACAUCACUUUGUGUCACAGCGUCAUGAUUAAUUUUGUCUUAUACUGACUCUGUUCUUUUAAUUUUUUUUAUAAUUUAUUCAUAAUAUCUUUAUCUUUGUUUUGGUUGAUUAGCCUCACAUCCAUUCUUUGAAAUGCAUGCGAUGGAUGAAAGCAGAUUUCAUGUCUUCUCUUUGAGUUGAACGAUUUAUUUUCAGACUAACAAUAGUUUUCAUACCUUUGGCUGAAGUCGCAGAGUAAUGAAAUCAGGAGUUUGGGUUUGUUUGCAUUUUCAGUUUUGCUAAAUAUAGAAACAGCUUAAUUUGAAUUGAAUGAUUGUGGCUGUGGAAAAUAAAAGUAGAUCAUGAAACUUACAGAAGGACAGGUGUGAAAGAAGGAAAGUUUGACUAAUUUAACCCUUAGUGAUGUUUUUGAUUUCAUUGAAACGUCUUAUUCUAUUUCUUGUAGGCAUGUGACCUGCCAUAUUUUGACAAGAGACCUCUCAGCAGACCUUUCAGCCUCUACCGGCUGGAACCCACCUCACCAACACAGGUGAGUCCACGCAGAGAAGCUCAGGUUUAUAUAAAAACACAGUUUAGUCGCCUUUACACGAGGUCCCAAAAGCUGCAGCUACAGCCAAGAUAUCAGCCAAAAACAAAUAUCGGGUUAUAUCGGCCUGCAUCUAAAAACUCCAUUAUCAGCACUCCGAUACAAGCAGUCCAUUCCGGACUCCACCCCGGCACCUCUAGCUAGCAGGGUCUGGAUCCAGCAUGCAGAGCCCAUGUGAUCACAACAACAGUGUGUACUAAGGUACUAACAAAGUAGCAAGGAGUAGGAGUGAUGUCGGCUGUGUAGCAGUAUUUUUCUGUAAAGUCCAAAAAAGACAUUGCAGCUGAGUGCUAAACUUGUCAUGCACAAGUCUGUGCCAAUAUCAGAUCAAUAUCGGUAUCUGCCGAUACUGAAGGCUACAAUAUCGGUAUCGUAUUGGAAGUAAAAAACUUGUAUUGGGACACCCCUACUCAAAACUGAAAUUCACCCCAAAUAACGGCCACUGCUGUCCAUUCACAAAACCCAAACUCACAUUUGUUUCUCCUCUCCUUCUCUGGUCAGGAUGACAGUGCCGCACAUAGUGAGCACCAAGACCCCAUCUCUUUGGCCGUGGAGAUGGCCGCAGUCAACCACACCAUCCUGGCCCUGUCCAGAACCGGAGGGGCCCCCGGCGACAUCAAGACGGAGUCCCUGGAGGACGAAUGAACCGCGCAGGAACAGAAACGGAGGUGGGGGACGAGAGAAAUGCCGAGUCGAGAGCAGAAAGGGAAAAGGAGGUGUGGAAAAGGUGGGAAACAUCAAAAAAGACCAAAUAAUGCUACUUAGUAAACCCUCUGAAUUGAUCCUUCACUAAUGGGCCUAUCUCUCUCGGCCUCAAUCUUCCUCAAAAUGCGUGUAAACAGUUCCACCUCCCUUCCCCCACCUAACCCCUACUGAAUAUGUUGACACAGCCGGCAAAAAUGGGUCAUACAUGUCGUCUGAUCUCUGAGAAAAUAUUUCACGGAAAGAAGAAGAAGAACGGUGGCAAUCCAGGCCUUUAAUGCCCAAAAGGGUGGUCCUCAAGAUGGAUUGUGUCCCCAAGGAACUCCCCUCUCUCUCUUUCCACUGUAUACACUCUCUUUUCACAGGAUACCUCUUCUCUUUCCUCUCCCCUCUCCCACUCCCCCUCUCCCCUCCCCUCUUUAGCCUGGUUGUCUGAGCCAAUCCUCAGUCUAUUAAACCUCAGAAUCAACCUCAGAAAAAAAUAACAUGUAUAUAGAAUAUAUAUAUAUGGUUCUUAUGGUUCUCAGUCACACUCAGCUCAUAGUGCGCUACCUACCUACCUACCUACCUGCCAACCUACAUACUCCAGAGAAGUCACCCUCUCCAUUGUGCAAUUUUUGAACUGAAGCAGCCACCCGCUGAUGUUCAGGUGGACUGUGAGGGUCUCCUUCUCCUUCUUCUGCACAGAGGUGGUUGGACAGGAUCUCUGCAAACUGAACAGUCCAGCUACUGUCCUGCUGUUGAAUGAAAACCAGCCAACAAGAAAGAAACAGCCUUAAUUUCAUACAUACUAGUUCACCUUUACUUUCCACAGUAUCCGUACAGCAGGUAUCAAGAAGACACUUUAUAAACGCUCACUUUUUUCAAUCCCAGACGUAAAAGCACGGUUUCUAUUCAACAGCAACGCUGGUGUCUGUUCGGUCGCCUUUCCCUCUGUACAACUAUGAGCCAUUUAGGCUGAAUACAAUCAUUUUGCCUUGAUAUUUAGCCUCCCGGUGACGCCAUCGUCCAGUUCUCAAGGCUAUGACAGUAAAUUUAGGGUCAAUGUGAUAAUCAAGUAAACCUAAGCUAUGUGGUAAGGGGAAUCGUGUUGUUUUAUUAAAUGCCAAAGGAAAAGACGCUUAGAGCAAAAAGUGAAGAGGCUUGUCUAAAAAAAAAAAACUGUCUGCAAUCAUCCAAAGUGAUUUCUACUGACUGCUUUGGUGUCUGUAGAUGAUUGAUCACGCUAAGAGGAGCCUCGUGUGGAUUUGACACUACAGCAGGCCUGUAUGGGUAAAAGUAGGUAUUAUUAGUAGUCCGACAUUUAAUGAUAAAAUACCCCUAAGCUAUUCAGUAUUUGUUCUGUGAUGCUGCCUCUCUGUAAUAGCUUCAAGAAUGUGCUUUCAGAAGUUUUGUCUUCCUGUGGUAUCGAGUGAGUUUAACUUCACCCCCGGGAGUCGAUGAACUUCGAUGGCAGUUUUUAUUUUUAUUCUAUCAAAUAGCCUCAAAGGUAAAAGCACCACUUUAAGAGGAGGUCAGAGUCAUUUCCGGUGGUAAUAUUGGGAGAUUUCUUAGUCCUGGGUGUAGCUCCUCCCAAACCAUCUCUGACUCAGUAUCAUAAUGUCAUAAACGGAGGGCAGAGUGUGGUGCCUGUUAAGGUAGGGGUACUUUUUUUAUGGCCUUUGAAUGAUAUCUUCAAAUUCGGUCACAGAGCCGACCUGCUCGGUUAACAGCUCUGUGGAUGAGACGGUAAAUGUCACACUAGAGCGAGAGCCAGGAGACUUUUCGCUUUGCAGGAAGACAGUAAGGUGGUCUGACUCGACUCAUAGAUAUGUGGGAAGCACAUAAACAAACAUUUUUGCUCUUUUUAUUGAAAUCAUACCAAAAGUACUAUUGAAUUUCCCUUAUAAAGUUCUUCUUACCUUAAAAGAAGGUAGUUUAUUUAGUUAAAUGUAAAGAGCUCAAAUAUUUGAGGAGGUAAAAUGACUUCAUGCGCUUCUAAAAAAGACAAUUUCACCCUUAGACAGAGCGAGUCUAUCUGUUUGUUUUCUAUCUUCACUCUACACUAAUAUGACUGUUUUCUGACUUUGACUUAAAGGGAUAUUUCGGCGUAAAAUUAAAUAAGGGUCAAAUACAGGACGAGUUAGACACCCCGUCGAGAGAUGAAUGUCUUAAUUGUUUAAUAACGAAAACAAAGACGUCCAAAUCUGACUUUUCCCAGAAGAAUCCAAACUGGUCUAAAAGUACCCCUACCAGGGUUUGCGAAAUAGUCCACAAAGCAGGAUUCAAAAUUUCAAUUGGUCCCGUUUGGACUUCUACCGUGAACCUGCUAGUGGACUAGCUCCCUGCCCCGGACUUUGGUCUUGUAAAGCUUUUUUUGUUUGUUUUUUUAACCUUUUUGCUUCAGUGUUUGAAGCUCUGAAUGCGGUGAGUCAGUACUGGGACCUGUGUUUUUAAAAGAAAGGGUUGAAAGAUAAUACCAAUAUGUAUUUAUACUCAUUUUUUUAUGGUAAUGUAAAAAAAAAAUACAGCUUAUGUUUUGAAAUGAAACUUGCUUUUAUUGUUAAAUUAAUAAUGCUUUAAAAUUUUUACUCGUUUUUUUCCUCAGUAUCAUUUAAACUGCAUUUUACUUCUGUGCCAUCCCUCAUGCGGCUGGACGACAGCCACCCCCUAUCCCCCUCUCUCACUCUCUCUCUCUCUCUCUCUGUGUUGGAGGUCGUAAGCUAAUUUGUGAAAAAUAAAUUAUGCACCUUAUUUGAAAUCACUGUUGACUAAGCUAAAAACGAAACCCUCCCUCUCCUGAGCAUAUCCAAAUCAGACGAACAGCUGAAAAACAAAUCAAAAAUAAAGUCAGACUUUAUCGAGUAUUCGCAGUCCUCUCUUUAGAAUAACGCCACACCAAACUCCACUUCGGUCUGGACCUUCUCUCGUACUAAAACACGCCUUAGACUUAGUCAUUGGUGACAAAGGCAACGACUUUACUCCUACUUGGAUCAUGUUUGUGUGAAGACAUGUUCAGUCUAAUCUUGUGCUCUAAUAAAAUGUGCCUGGAGUCGGAAACUGUACGAUUUAACCACACUGUAUGAUGACCACUGAGCAAAAAUAAUGAAGUGAGCUGAUUUUAAGGCGAAAUAUUUAAAUAUAAAUAGAAACUGUUAACUUAAAGGUGGAGUAGUCAGGAUCUGGAGAAGUGCCAGUUUUUGGGAGAAAUCUUGAAUGUAAACUCGACCCCUCUAAACCAGUUUUUCCCUCAGCAAAAAGACGAGAAAAGAAGUAAGUUAAAAGGUUAUUGUUUAAUUUCACUUAGUCAACUGUACAAUGUGUCAUUUGGUUAGGUGCCGGUGUAGUGUUAGCUUCAGUUCAACUCCACAUUGACUGGCGCAACAUGGUCUAACCAAAUGACACAUUAAAAAGUUUACAAAGCAAAAUUUAACAAUAACUUUUCCGCUUACUUCUUUGCUCGUCAUCACGCCAUCGUCUUCUGUGCCUAGAUCGUAAAACACUGAUGCAUCAUUAUUAUUGGUCCCUGGCAGCUCACUUUGGUUGAGGCUUUUUUUAUUUGCAUCCUUUUAUUUUCGCAGUAAGUUACUUUUUUUUCUAUCGCCACCUUUUUUUUUUGCGUCAUUAACUUCCGUUGUGGCUUUUUAAAAUCUGCACUGUUUCUUUUUCUAUUUGCAGCGGGCUUUGGUUUCUUUUUUUUGCAUCAGUAACUUCCCCUGUGAAUUUUUUUAAUUAUUUUUUAUUCUAAUUUUUUUGCCUUUUUUACAUUUUUCUUUUUUUUUUUUGUUUGAAGCAGUGGCGAUCUUUGGCCACCAUAUAAAAACUAAAGAUACUUACAAAUGGAGCCCAGUCAAGGUGAAAGUAAAAAGCAUUGGUGCUACUGUAGAUGUCAACAGACUACCAGCAAACACAAUGUUUGCAGGACUUCUACAACUAGGAUAAAGUGACAUAGUCCAGGACCCGAGGUCAACAGUUUAGUGGCGCUACAACAGGCUACAGCAGGUCCGUUUGACAAGAAACACUUCUGUUACAGACACUUGUCUUACUUUGUUAAAGCGGUUUACCUGUCCAGCAGAAAGGUUACAGGGUCGGUACGAUCCCGAAGCGUUCCCCAUUGUUUAUGCUAGCUUCAUUGACGUCGACGUUGACCCGGUUUUUUAGCUCUUGUCCGGUCUUCCUCCGUUUUAAGCGCCCGUUAUUCCUCCAGAGUCUCCGGUAUUUAAUUCGUUUCCUUGCUUGUGUUGGCAGUCAUGGCCAAAGGAGGAUUCAGCCAAUUGUCCGUACUGUCUGGUUGGUUUCUACCGUCCGAUAUUUUAGCGCGCUAACUUUGUUCGGGCUCGCGCACAGUGCUCGAGGACGCGAAGCUUGCCUGACAACACGAGGGAGCAACGUCUGCCUCACAACCAAUCAGCAUUAAGGAGCAGCGUCUGCCUCACAACCAAUCAGGUCGCGGAGGUGGAGAACGGCUUUGUUUAAAUUCAAAAUGAGCGGACCGUUAAAUUAAAAAAAAAAGUUGACUAAAUAGGCAUAAGAACGACGGAGUAUUAGGGCCACAUUAAGAAAAAAGAAAUUUAAGACUUUGUAAUGACUUACGAGAAUAAAGCAGUAAUGAAAUGAUUACUAAUGAGAAUAAAGUCGUAAUAAAAUCAUUUCUUACAAGAAUAAAGUUGUAGCUAAUAGCUAUUCUAAGUAAUGAUUUUAUUACAACUUUAUCAACGUAAAUAAUGAUUUUAUUAUGACUUAAUUCUCGUAAGUAAUGAUUUUGCUACGAUUUUAUUCUUGUUAGUAAUGGCUUUGAUCUCGAAGUCUUAUUUUCUUAAUGGGGCCCCAAUAACAGAACACUGCGAUAUCAUGAUAUUCCCAAAUAUCAUCAGUAACUUAUAGCUAUUGACUGAUAUUAAAAGCCUUUUUGGUAUAUACAACACAAAAAAAAGAUGCUUCUUUAACAGACUUCUGCCUACCCCACCUUCAAGGCUAAAUAUUUAAAUAUGAAUAUAAAGGUUCACUUCUCGAGGGGCUCUCCUUUUUAAGAGUUUUUGAAUGUCGGCAGAAUAAUAAUAAUAAUAAUGAUAAUAAUAAAGAGGUAUAAACUGUUGGAGUUUGGUGUGUCGUCCUCUCAUCUAAUAAAUAUGGUAUGUUUACACAUUAUGUAUGGAAAGGAAAGCCCAGAAAUAAUGCGUUUAGAGAUUAUUUUCCUCUCUAUGAGACACUUUUAAAGAAAUUGCCUUAUUGUUUCAAAGAUGCCAUGGCCCCAAUCCAUUGGAGAUGGACGGAGCUAUUUAAAGAAUGGAGCGACAGGUGCUCAAAGUGAGCACUCUGUGUGCCGUAAACAGAUUUAGAGACUUUCCCACCCGGUGUCAUUAAACUCACGUGGUAGUGUGUACUCUGAUUUGGCGUCAGGGUCACCAUAUCGACACGUCCUGUGUUCACAAAACUUCAUCCUGGUAAAUAAGAGGACUGAAUGCUGUUGUAUCAAUGUCAGAUCUAGUUAUGUUCACGAUUACUGUAUUGCCCAUUUCAGAAGUUAGUGCCUUUUUUGGACAGUAGACUGUUCUGUAAUUAAGAUGUAGUAUAUCUACUUUUUUUGUACAGUUUCUUUGUUCAUUUUUUUAUCUUGUGUUUAUUUUAGUUUGAUAUAUAUAAUGUACAAGAGAAUAAAGCUAUAUCAAUGAGACUCUCCAUGUUUGACCAAGUGUGUUUUUAUUUUCAUGGAAAUAAAUAAGCAUCCAAAGAGUAAAAAUGAUCAACUUGAAUGCACAGGUACAAAAUAUCUUCUUUAACAGGCAAAAAUGAAAACAAUCACACAGUCCCUUAAGAAUCCUCUCAUAACACACAGAUCGACAACCUCAACACGCUUGCAUAGAGACAAACCGUAAUCAAACUCAUCAGGGAAAGGUGUCCAAAGAAAGUCCACAUCCAGGAGCCAAAACCAGCUCCAGUGGGUACAUUCGAACCCCCGGGAGUACGGUCUUUGGUGGUCUAGUCUAUCAAGACGGCACUUUUGUUUUAAGGCACAGGGUUAGAAAAAAAUUACACAUUUACAGCAGAUUUAAUUCACAAAAGUCAAAAGGUUGAUCCAAACAUGCAGCAGCAGAACAUAUGAGUAACUUCACAGUGUCUGGUUAUUUAGUGAGUUAGGACAAACAGACUCUUUCCUUGGCGAGUGAAAUAUUUGCAGAUCAAAAGUGACCGUUUUCUAAAACUGCUUCACUUAAAAAUUUAAUAAAUUAUCUAAAAUAAUUCUGAUUUUCUGAUAAAACAUUCAAUAUUUAUGAUUUUCAAAACUUUCCUGAUCGAAUUCAGUAGGCGUUCACGUCUCUGAUAGAUGAUUCGCUGGUUCCUCCUCCUCAUUGAGAACAGUUUAUCAUUUGGCUCUCGAUCUUUCAUGUAAGUAGAUCCUGUAAUCCACAUACAAGUGAUGAGUAAAAGGUAAAAGCUCUACACGCCAACGCCAACCACCUCAAGUAUUCCAGGACUUGCGGUUGUCUCCUUUGCUGCGGCCGGGCGACGCCCCUCCACCUUCGCCUUUUGCAAGCGCGGUGAGGGCUGCUAGGUUAGGGCUGGAUCCAGAUAGGUUGGCACUGCGGCGCUUUUGCUGCUGCUGCUGGCGGCGCCGCUUGGUGCCGCCGCGGCUAACCCUGUCCGGCCUUACCAGCACGCCGUAACCAGGGUUACAGUGGAAGUAGUGCUUUCCCCCCACUGAGCCGUCAUUCUUUCCUGCAAGGAGACACAAAAUGAGAUUCACCUGUGAGGCUGUGAGACAGAACGGGUUUAAAGGACCAGGACGGACCGAUUCCACUGACCUGCAGGAACUUCCAGCUCCACCCCGACCCAGGUACCAUUUGCGAAAUCUGUGGGUCCUAUGUAGCGGAUGGUGCCGCUUUUAUUGGUCCCCACUGUCACAAACUCGCCCUCCUUCAUCCAGUCGGGUAGAACAGCCGCUGGAUCUCCUUCCUCGGAGUCCGAAAUGAUUUCCAGGUUUUCCAUCGGCACGGAAAGAGAAAGUUCUGCCCCGAGGCUGCUAGCCGGGUCACCCUUCAGAAUCUUAACCUCCUCAUCAUCCACAAUUUCCUGAAAUGACUUGAGAUCUGAGGAUUUGACUUUUUGGAUCUUGAAGGGAUUUGCCCCCGAGGGAUCAGGUUUUGAAGGCUUAUCAGUGGACAGAGGAGGAUCUGGGGCUGUGGGAGUCUCUGGAGACACACUGGCAGGUUCUUCGUGUGGAGCUUCUUCUGUGGUGGGUGAAGAACUCAGGGUGGAGGUAGGAUUUGGGUCUGAGUCCUCAGGAGUGGCUGUUUCUUCAAGAGGAGCUUCAGGAACAAGAUCUUCAGAUGGGGCAGGAGCUGGGACCAAGACUUCAGGGACAUCUGAGACCGAAACCUGUAUACUGUCAGAGGGUUUUUGGUCUUCUGGAGGUUCAGCGAUGGUUUCAGACUCUUCCUGGCUUUCAUAUGGGGAUGGCUGGGUUUCACAGGGUUCAGUUUUGUCUGUAGAAACUUGCUGGAGAUCUAUUUGAAGGGGUUCUGGUUCUGUUUGUGGGAGUUCUGGUUCUGUUUGUGGGGGCUCUGGCUCCACUUGUGGGGGUUCUGGUUCUGGUUCUAUUUCAGGGGUCUCAGGUUUGUCCUCCUGAAUUGAUGAGGAAUAAAGGUCAGUGUGGUCUGAGUCGUCUAAUCCUUCUGAUCCAGCGUGCUCGACCUCUGAGUCUUGCUGUUGUUGGGUCUGGACUGUUGGGACUACAUCAGGCUCACUUGACUCCUCCUUCUGGUCUGAAAGGGACUCGUUUGGGUCCUGCUGAGUCCACUUUGACUCUGUUAGGGAAUCAUGUGGUUUAGUCGUCAGUAAGUCAGUCCUCUCCUCAGCUUUCCGAUUAUCUGACGCCUGCUGGAAUUUGGUGUCCUCCUCGUGUUCGUCAGUCAUCAUGUCAAAGCUGGAUAACGGCGGCAGGUCCCAGCUCAGAGUGUAGACGUCUGACAGGGUCGCAGUGGAAAUACUUGUGGAGAUGUAACCGCUCGAUGAUUCGCUAACAGGGCUGGGGGUGGAUUCCUCCGCCUCUGGGAUGAUUGGCGGUGGAAGGGGGACGGAUCUGACAGGUCUGGGACUUUCUGGAUGAGAAUCAGGACUAAAGAUAUCCUCAAUAGGGACCUAAACGUGGAUCCAAAGCAACAAAAGGUUUUUGUUACUAAACAUUUCAGACGAGGGGUUUGCUUUUUUAAAUUAAUUCUGAUUCAAACAAGAAGAAACUAUGACUGGCGGUACUCAUGAAAAAGUAGGGUUUCUUUUUCUUGUAGGAACUCACAGGAUGUUGAUGUUUACUCAGCCCCUCUUCUACACUUGCUGACUGCACCAUGAUGCGAGGAAGACUCUGAAGGAGAAACCAAAUGGAUUUCAAAUAUUGACAUUUAUGCAAAAUAAUCCCAAAUCUAUCAAGCCGAAUUUAAGAUGUGUUUUUGAGUGAGUUUAUACUGUUUUCAGUCUUGUAUUAUCAAAACAUUUGACAGUAAUGCAGAUUUUUGAGAACUGUAAAUUUGACAGAUCAUGACUAUUAAUUACAAUAAUAAGCCUAUUAUUGUAAUUAAUAAUAAUAAUAACAAUGAAUUUUAUAAAAGAGCAUUUAAGAGGGAGAAACUGAUCAAACUUAUUUAAGUGAUCAGAAAGCUGACAUGACAUAAAAAGCUCAAAGAGGAGGUGUUAUGCUGAUUUAUUUGAGCCUAGGGACUCACAGGAUGUGGGAAUAGCUUGUUAAACUGAUGAUUUACAGUUUAACAAGAUUUAAGCACAUUUCAGGCUGCUGACCCUUUAAGGCUCCUUCAUUCCAUAACCCUGCAUUCUAUAACCCUUCAUUUUAGAACCCUGCACUUUAGAACCUUCCAUUCCAUAACCCUGCAUUCUAGAACCCUCAUUCAAGAACCCUACAUUCCAUAACCCUACAUUCUAGAACCCUUCAUUCCAAACCCUUUAUUCCAGAACCCUACAUUAAAGAACCCCUUCAUUCCAGAACCAAACAUUCUAGAACCCUUUAUUCUAGAACCCUUCAUUCCAGAACCCUACAUUCCAGAACCCCUCACUCAAGAACCCAGAAUUCUAGAACCUGCAAUCUAGAACCCAUCAUUCCAGGACCCUUCAUUCCAGAACCCUGCAUCCUAGAGCCCUGCAUUCCAGAACCCUACAUUCUAGAACCCAUCAUUCCAGAACCCUACAUUCCAGAACCUUUAUUUCAGAACCAAGAAUUCUAGCACCCUUCAUUCUAGAACCCCUCAUUCCAGAACCCUGCAUUCUAGCACCCUUCAUUCUAAAACCCAGCAUUUAUGAACUCUUCAUUCCAGAACCCAGUGUUCUAGAACCUUUAAUUCUAGAACUCUUCACUCCAGAACCCUGCAUUCUAGAACCCUUUACUCUAGAACCCUUCAUUUCAGAACCCAGCAUUCUAGUAACUGGAACUACGAUAAAAACUGAAUUUGAAAAGAUAUAUUUCAUGUUUUAAGCUACAUUCAAAGCAACAUAUGAUUUUUCAGCUUUUUGGAUGAUGUUUAAGUUGAUUUAAAUAAAUAGGAAAAAUAGAAAAAUGAGAGUUUUGAUAAGAUUUCUUUACAAAACUUGAUUUUUUUUACUGUUUUCUUGUAGUUUUGGAGAAUUUGAAUCAGCACGGUUGAAUUUUAUGGGAAUCAUCACUUAUAUGUGAAAAGCUGCUGAUCAAAGUUACAAAACAACAACCUACAUGGACAACUGGUCUACCAUCUGAGAGCAGGUCAAACACAUCUAUCCUACACUGCUCUUUCUCAGGAGGUUCGACCUGCAAGUCAACACAACAAGUCUGGUGAAUGUUAGUUUUACUCGAAUAGUUCAAACAUGAGUUCAGACAUGCUGUAAGUGCAGAGUGAUAGCCUCAAACAAAGCAACAAAAAGAGCUGAUGGUUUUGAAUUCCCUGAUUAGCUCCCUUAUCCGCCUCGGGGGGCUAAUCAGUCAAAUCAGAUGCUGAAGUGGUUGCCUGCAGACUCCAGGGUCCUGAUGGUGCAUGAUUAGAGAGCAGUGGAGGAUGUAGUAGUGGUGGAGUGAGGGUGCUAAAGAGCUCACCUGAUCUGAUUCACCCUCCUCUAAACACAGGAGCUGUUAGUGAACUUCAAAUCAUGUCAUAGACCAUCAACCACUUUAGAAGCAUUUUAACUUUAACUGUGAGAGUAAAUUUAAGGGUUGAUUGUGGUUUUCAUAACUGGUUUUAUUCUUCCUCUAAUUUAUAUUAAAAUUAUUCAGAAGAUUCAGUCAAAAACAUUUAACAUCAGACGGGAGCAGACAGCAGAUAAAAUCAAGCCUUCAUUUACUCACUGACUCACCUUGGGUACUGAGGCAUUAAUAUACUGUUUACUUCUACACUUUCUAUUCUCUGUGAAAUCCAUUUGCAAUAGCUCCGUUUCUAUGGCAACAGAUGAAAUAAGUCUAGCUGCUGAUAAACAGAGGGGAGACUCAGGUUUGGGCUGCAGUGAUGCAUAAUGUAAACUUUUCAAAGACAGCAGAAGAAUCCGACUAAAUCCAGUACCUGCUGAUGGACCGGCGUCGGGUCUUUAACGUCUUCCUUCCCACCAGGAAUCAGAGACUUCAGCAGCUUGGGGACGGCCUUGACUGGAGGGAGAUAAGAUGCAGCAAAACCUGAAUGCACUAUUGGAGGGGGAAAGGAGAAGAAAAGAGGAGGAUGCAAGAGCAGGAAGGAGGAGAUAAGGAGAGAAAUGAGGCGUUAAAGGCAGGAAACAGAGUUAUGUUAGUACAAAGUCAGUAAAGUGACAGAUACAGCUAAACCAAAACAAAGCUGAUGUUAGUAAAGGUAGGAGUAGGAGUACAGACUCUUUUCAUGGUUGGAUCAGUCUUACCGGGCUCAGGGUUCAGGUUCUGGGAUGUGGAGCUCGUCAGGGUGCUUUUGGUGGAGGGAGGAACCAAAGACAGGUCCAUGUGGCUGUCCCAGCCCUGUGCACAGACACAGAGAAGAUGAGACACCUGAAAUCUACAUGGACAGUAUCUAUUUCCUGAAAUCUGGGACUUUUUAUUUCUGCCCAGGAAUCUGAAUUAAAUAUUCACAUUCUGGAUUAUUCUCUUCAUCAUAAUCAGCAUAAUCAGAUUUGACAAUGACACUGAUUUGUGAGAUUAUCGUGCAAACAAGAAAGAGUGCUGCGUUAAGAGAAGACAUGGAGCUGCAUCCCAGAUCAGAAACAAACAGAGAUAGAAAUAAGAGGUUCAGCCGUGUCUCACCUUGAAGUCACCGAGCUUAUGAUUGGAGGAGUAGAGAUCCAGACUGCUGGCCGAUAACUGCUUUAAAGGUUAGAGCCAGGGUUAGUAAAACAUGAGAGUCAAGAAGCAGCUGAACAACCAGAAGUUUAACACACUCAGAAAAUCAGUCGGUUAGUGAUGCACAGUCAGUGUUUUUGCCAUCAAACCAAAAGAAGACUGAGGAAAAGAGAGGAACCAGUUUAAGAUAAACCAACACAGAUCUUAUGUCCUCUGUCGUAGAGGACACUGAGUCUGUUCACAAACACUGAAACUCUGCAGCAUCGAAAAGUGAAUCUGAAGAUCUUACCUGGUUGAUGUUUGGCGAGCUCAGGCAGCGUCUGGCAGAUUUCCCUCUGACUGCCAGCUGUUCUCUCACCGCCACCUCCUACACACCCAAAGACGCACACACUGAAUAUUUGAUUCACCGCCUCGACUUUUAUGAAACUUCAGUUUUCAUGAAGAUGUUUCCUGACCUGUCGGAGUCGGUCCAAAGUCAGGAUGUUCUCCACGGCCAGGAUACUGCGCAGGUAUUUCUCGAUCGCCGCCUCGCUGUCGGCAGACUGGUCGUCGUCUGUGCUGGCGGCGAGUCUGGCCAACAUCUCCCUGUCCUCUGGACCGUGGAUGUCCUGUGGGAGCGGAGAGUGAAAAUUUUGGUGGUGACAAAAACCAGCUUCAGCUUCACUCUGAGCGAAAAACUCUGCACUUACGCCUGGGAUGUUUGAGACGAUCUCGAAGGUGACCCCACAGCCGGGGAUGGUGCUGCGCUGGGACAUCCUCUUCAGCAGACUCUGAGCGAAACCCUGACAAACAAAAACACACAGAACUUCAUCAUCUCUGAUCCUCUGACGUCUGUUUUUGUCUCAGUCUUCUUCCUCCUGACAUCUCAGAGUCCACCUACCUGCCUCCCGGUCACAUUCACACAGAUCCGCUUCCUCAGAACCAGCUGCAUGUGGGCCGGGUGGCUCAGCUGGACCACCGCGCUGAUUGUCAAGUAGACCCUCUGGUCAGCUGAUGUGACGCGACUCAGCUGAGGACAAUCGUGGAUCGUUGAGUCCCAAGAGGCCUCCACCUUCACCUGGACCAGAUCAAAAACAGGAAGACUUCAUCAAUCAGGGAUCCUCCUGGUCUGUAAAUGAUCAAACUAUAAGAGGAAACGUUUGUGACGUUUACAUCAGGGUCGUGGCGUUUCACGAUAUGAAGGUCAAAGAAUUCGUCGUCAUCUUCUCCACUCAGUAACGCGUCCAAACCGCCGGCUAAUGUCGCUGAAAGGCUGGACUGGAAAUCAUCAGCUGAAGGAGGGAUAGAAAACUUAUUAUAUCUUUACAGAGGAUUGACAAACUUGUGUAGCAGGAAGUGAGACGUACCACUUAAAUCCAGGAACAGGACAGGAACAUGGGUCUCCAUCCCAGGGACGGGGACCCUGUAGAGAAACAGCAACCAUGAAUCAGAACCAUGAAACCUUAUUUGUUCGCAGAUCAAAAUAAAAAUGAAAGUGUGCAGAUGUUUCCUCCUUUCCUCGCUCACCUCUCUACUGGAGCUCCCGGGAUGCCGCUCCCAGCUGACGGCACCAGAACGGCGUUACGUUCUUCGGUGAGCGUCAGGCGACACUCCAGCAGCUGGGACUCCCUCUCCACGUCGUCCUCGGACUUAUCUGCCGAUAAAAACACGAAAAGAGAAAAAUGAGAAGCUGAUCUCUGGUUACAAAUGACAUGAUUGAGUUUAAGUUUUACCUGGUUUAGAGACGAUCUUCUGCAGCUGCUGGUCCAGAUACUCCUGUCUCUGCGUGAGGAUGUCGAGCCACUGUUCCCUCAUCCUCUCCAGGUCGACCUCCUGAACACGGACACACACACACACAGUCAGGAGAGAAAACUCUAGAGCUGAGGGAAAUCUGUCUUUUAAACUGGUCGUCUACAUACCUGGUAGCUGUCCAUCUCCUCACUCUCUCCCUGAAAUCAGAAUUAAAGGUUUUAAGAUUUUUUGAAUUAAGAUAUCCGAUCAUCCGUCAGAGUUCGCCUCUGCUCUCACCCAGUGUGUCUCGCUGCCUUUCGUUGGGCGAGCUUGUCUGAUCUUGACGUCCCCGAUGGACACUGACAGGAUCGAGGUCGCUAUGAGGGGCAUGGUGCCGGAGUCUGGUACCGGACGCACCUCUACUCGAACCCGACGGGACUGACCCUGAAGGAAGAUGAAGCAGAGGCUGAAAACUCUUCUUCAUGUCGCUCUCGUGGAUGUUUUAUUAUUUUUUUAAUCCUUCAAACCUGACGGAGCUGAAAGAUUCCUCCUGUGCGCACGUCUUUAGCGGGUUGGACCUCCACGGUUGAAAACUCUCCCGCCUCGUUCAGCUCCAUCAGCUGCACCCACAACUCCAGACGGCGGGUCACUUCGCUCCAUCUAGAAGUUUAAGGUGAAAACAAAAUCUCUCAGAUACGGAUCCUGGUCUGGCGGAUCUCUAAAAGGCACUCGUGUUUCUUCACCUUUCUCUGAGGGACCUGGUCUUGGCUUGAAUCACUCCAAGGUCCCAAAGCGCCAAGUUCCUGCGAUGGUUGGCCUGUUUGUGUCCGUACACUUCGAUAGCAACAGCGCCAUCGGUCAGAAACUCCACGAAAUCCUCUGAAACCGGCACUGAAAACUCCUAAAACGAGAGAAAAUAAGACGUGAGACAAAUACAUGAGUGGUUGAUGAGUGUGUGUGUGUCUGAGAGCGUCACCUUGGCACUAUCAAAGACCACGGUACACUGAGGGUCUCUGGAGGUAGAGGAAGGACUGCCGGGCGCCACCUCCGGGGCGAUGAAGAUCACCUCCUCCUGCCCCCAGAAGUGGUACUGACAGAAGACAAAGUUGGACAGAUGGCGAGGGAGACCGUUGGCCUGCAGGAUUUUGACCUGAGAGGGUGAAGUUGAGGAAACGUCUUAUCACAUGGUCAACAAAGAUAGUGGAGUAGACAGAUAUUUACUUUUGAAGGCAGGUUUGACCUUCGAAUAAAAACAUGGACAACAGGCGCCAAAGCUCGACCAAUCACGUUACAAUCCUGCAGGACAGACUCAAAAUCUCAUCACAGUAUAUGAGAGCUGCCAUGUGCAGGAUUCAGGUCCACACUGCCCAAUUGUGCAUUAUUUAUUUGCUGAGUCAGCUCUUUCAGUCCACGUGCACGUUCUCACCACACACUCCAGCCGGCGCUCCUGCAGAUCGCCGUCUGCGCCGCUCUGCUGAGAGUCGGACUGCUUUGGAGCUUCCCCCUCAGAUUCCUGCUCGCCUCGCCACAACUCCACAUGAAGUCGACCCGCCACCUGCCACACACACAUGCACACAAACACACACACACACACAGGCUUGAGUCAAAUCAAUAUUAACACGCAAAUGUGCAGAAAACACUUCAGAUAUUUGUCGCUGAGGUGUAUUACAGAAAAUUAAACGAGUAAACAAAACAAACUGAAAAAGUCUAAAACACGUUUUUAUUUCACCCGCUGAUGUUCAAAAUCAAUCGUCCGUUACCUCUCCUUUCUGGUUAAUGAUGGGGACGGCGUACUGCAGCUUCACGUCGUAGAAGAAGCACGCCAAGAAAACGUUCGCCACACCGAUCAGACUGUGGUUCUCCUGCUCGUCGAAGAACGGGUCGGCACGCUUGAAAUAGGAGCGCAUCACCUAAGGAGGAGACAACGACAGCACAGGAGAAAGAUUUUUUAGUUUGAGAAAGAAAAAUAACAUAUCUGUAUAAAAUCGUAUAACUAUGGAAGACUAAUGUAUUCACCCCAAAAAAAAGAAGCUCUGUUUUUUGGACUAAUUUUUUUUGUUUGUUUUUUGGACAAUUUUUUUUUCUGUGUCCUUUUUUUUGUUUUUCUGUAUUUUUUUUAUUUUCUGUUUAUCUGACUUAUUUUUUUCUGUUUUUGAGAUUUUUUUUCUGUCAUUCGGGCUGUUUUUUUUUUUUACUUUUCUGUUUUUCAGACAUUUUUUUUUCUUUUCUGUUUUCAGACUUUUUUUUUCCUUUUCGGUUCAAAUUUGAAAGAUGAAAAAAAAAAAAGUCAGAAAAAAAUUUUACUAAAAAAAAAUGUUUCCUUCUUUUUGUUGUAAGUGAAUGAAAUACACGUCCAUACAUAACGGCACGUUAUAAUAAGGAUUAUAAUCCAUCCAUCUAAUCUGAGCUCUGUGGGUUAUUUUCGCUCCGGUCUCUCUUCACUCACAGGGUUGUCUUCGUCAAAGUCCUUCCACUCCUGGUAGAGCUCCCUCAUAUCCACCAGCCGGUUCUCCAUCUUCUCCAGAGCCCAGAUCUGCUUCCCUUUCCCUUUACGCCGUACCUGGAUGGCUGGUUCACUGAGUACGACGUCCCGCUGUGAAGAAAAGCAGUUUUUUAUUUCAACAUGCCGUUCACAGAAGAAGUCAGAAAACCUCUGUGACGAUCUCAGACAGACACUCGACCUUUCUGUUGGCGUUGAGGUUGGCCGCAGGGAUCUGCAGAGUGACCAGGUACUCUGUUCUCUUGUUGAGCUCCUCUGCUAUGAAGCCGGCUUCCUGUGCCAGAAGGUUGGCGCGCACGAUCUGCUCCCUCAGACGCCUCAGGCUGCGAGUCAUCAUCGCUUCUCUGAAAUACGUUUUUUUUUUUAGAUACUUCACCCUCUGAAGAUUUCACGUUGAGAAGAAAAUCUAUAACCGUUUCUCACCUGUCUUCGCUCCAGCGGCGCAUGCGUUUGUGGGACGUAGGUGCUCCGCCGGGAACCAAGCCCGCCGGGUCCAGGAGGUUUGAGGGUUUUUCGGGGGUGAGGCGUCGGCGGAGCUGCUGCAGCUCCUGUUCGUACAUCAGCCUCUGUCGUUCCAGGGCGUUGCGUUUCUCCUCCUCGUGCUGCCUCUCCAGGGUCUGCAACACGGACUGCAGCGGGUCUGAGGAGACGGAUCAGAGGGAGGAAGAGAGUCAGAGAAAAACUCCUGACAGUGAAACACACGGUACUCUUUAAUCAUCUGAUCAGACUUCAGGCGGACUCACCGUUGUUCCCCAUGCCUUUCAUCAUGACCUCCGUCUGCGCAGCCUCGUAGCCGAAGCUCAGCUCACUGGACACGUCGCUGGAGGCGUCCAAGUCCACCUCCAGCUGGUCAGUGCUCAAACACGUCUUCAUCACGGCGCCACUCUCUUCGGCUUGCACCAUGUUCCUGGGCAGGUUGAUCCUGUGAACGCGUGUGAAAAUGUGAGAGAGAAGAAGGAGAAGAUGGAAACGUGUCUACAUGUCUGCGGGAUCCAGAUUCAAACUCAUCACGUACCUGAAGAAGUGGUUGUUCCCCCACAGGAUCCGGUCGCCAUGAUGGAGCUGGACUGGACUGGUGACUGUGGCGCCGUUUACACACGUCCUACAGAUGAAGACAAGGUUUUUACAAAGUGGUCAAGAGGUGGGGCUGUAGAGAAUUCACUCGUUGAUCCAGGGCGAGUACGUACCGAGCGUUACGGUGAGGAGUCAACACGACGCCAUUGCUCUCUGUGAUGUCAAUGACGCAGUGUUCGGCUUGGAUGGCCAUCCCGCACAGCUGGAUGUCCUGCGAAUUCGCCGAGCCAAUGCGGGCGUGGUUCUAAACACAGAGGAGAGUCGGUUUGAAGCAAAGAUCUCAUGUUCACGUAUUUUAACCUGUGAUGAACCACUUCCUGAUACCUUGAGAUAGUAGACCAGCAGCUCGUUCAGGGCGGGGUCGGCGUUGAGGUUGACCAGGAAACACUUGUCGUCCACCACGCGUAUUCCAGAGGACUGAAGGGAGAUGCCCAGACUCUCCAGCUGCUUCUGACGCUCCUGUGGACAAGAUUUGACGCUCGAUGAGACGCAGGACUCGAGUUUAAGUUUAGUCUCCAGUUUAAAACCCGUCACUCAACUUCUCGUCUGUUUUCUUACCUGUGCAAUCGCCUCGGUCUUCCUCAGUUUCUCCUCCCAGGAAACCGUCAUUUCCUGGAUCAGCUUCUCCGACUCUUCCAGACGCUCCUUCAGCUCAGGAGCCUUCAUAGACUGAGAGUGGAAGAAGGAGAAGAAGAAGAAGAAGCUGCGUUAAAGACCAAAACGUCACUCAAAUGUUCAACAUUUACGAUACAGGCGAAGGUCAUCCGCACCUCGGCCUCGGUGAGCUGCUCCCUCAGUUUUUCCACUUCCUCUCGGAGCUCCCGGAUGAUCCUGGCGUUCGGGUCUUCGUUGACCACGGCGUGGUUGACGAUGCUCUUCGCCCUGUCGGCGUAACGCAGAGUGGAGAGCGUCUCGUCGUAGUUAUCCGCGGCAGGGCUGAUGGUGGCGACCAUAGCGGUGCGGCUGUUUCCUCCGAGACUGUCCUGCAGGUCAAAGACACACCUGUGAACCUUUCAUAGAUCUUUCCAGGACUAACUACGGGGACAUAGAAAUAGACUCUAUAGAUGUGAAAUGACAGAUGAUAAUAUUUGCUGUUUUUGUACCUUGAGCAGCCACGUCAGCACCGAGUCUCUGUAAGGAACAAACUUGUUCUUGUUCUUCCCGGCUCCUUGGUCAGCCAAGGCCGAGAUGACUAAACCCAGAGUGCUGAGAGACCUUGAGGAGACACCGAGAAGAGGAAUCAAGAGGAGGAAACACAGCAGAGAGGAGGAGGAGGAGGUGAAGAAACAGUGAAGAGCUGCUGAGACGGUUUGAUCUAAGCUGGCUCGCAGAUGUGUUCUCGAUUUAAAAAAAACAAUCUCAGCUCCUUCACUUCUUCUGGCCUCAGAUCAGACGUUUUUUUUUAGUGUUUCCACAUAUUUUUCUCACUUAUUGAUGUUGCUCCCUUCUUUCAGGCGCUCUCCAGCUGCUCCGGUCUUCGCCGCCCGCUCGCUGCCGGCGAGAUCCACCAGGCUGAGUUUGCUCACCUUCUCCCCGCUCGUCUGAAACAAACAGGAAACAUCAUCCCGUUCAGAGUAAAUAUAAUAAACGUUAUCGGGUGUGUUAAAUCGAAGUGUUAUGAUCCUCGGUGUGUCGUACCCCGGACUGCAGGUCCAUGAGUGUGUGCGUGAGGAUGACGUUGAACACGGCGUGCGACCUGCUGCUCUCUUCAUUCAUAUUCGUCGCCGCAACCGUGCGAGACUUAUUCCCCUCCGACAUGAGAGACUCGAUGUCCUGUAAGAGAGACAAACAAACAUGUCUGGUCUGCACUGCUUUAUGAAAUUACAACCUCUCCCUCUUAAUAACAGGAUGUUAUAAAAGCUCCAGAAAAUCAUAUUCAAUAAAGUUCAUGAAGUGAUUUUAGAAGACCUUAUAGCUCGCCACGGCCAGGCGGGAGAGGCCGUCCACGUACGGUCCGAAGACUUUGUGUUCUCUCACUCGGAGGGUUUGACGGUUUCUGAGGAAGAAGAGAGAAUUUUAAUAAAACUUCUCAGGCUGGAAAAUUUGGCAUAAAUAAACGAGCCAGGAAUUAUAAAGAUUUUUAAGAUUAGAUCGGAUUAGAUCCAGACAUGUCCCACCGGGAGGAGAUCUCAUGGCCGGCCCAGGACCAGGUGGAGGGAUUAUAUCUCCUGCCUGGCCUGGGAGCGCCUGGGAAUCCCCCCGGAGGAGCUGGUGGAAGUGGCUGGAGUGAGGGGCAAACGGACGAAGUUCAGGUGUAAGACUCGAACGUGAAAUAUCAGUCACUCACCCUUUAGGAUCCAGCAGGUCUCUGACCUUCUCGUUGUAGAUCUCCAUGAAGGAGACCUCCACAGUGAAGCUCUCUCCCUCCCGGGCCUCCUGCACAGUCCGGCUGAACAAGGUGCUGCAGAGCCGAGGGAUCAGACCAGGGUGCUCUGCAGAGCCCAUCAUGGUGUAAGACUUCCCUGAGCCUGGAGACGCACAGGUAUUCAAGGAGGUUUAGUUUUGGUUUGUUUUGAGAAAAGAGAAAGUAAACUUAGAGCAAACUUUUUAAACUUUUACAGCUGAGAGCAAAAGUUCAUUUCUUCUCAGAUAAACUCUUGAAACAGAGGAGUUAGCUGUUUAUGAUGAUGGAUUAUUCAUCAGAGCUGGAGACAAACAACAAUUCGUGCAGCAGUCCCACCUCCAGGUGAGCGAUUAACCUAACAGGCAUGUGUUCAGUCUGUAGGAGAGAACAUUCAAACUCCACACAGCUCCUCAGACGUUACCUGUCUGUCCAUAAGCAAAGAUACAGGCGUUGUAGCCCAUGAAGGCGUUGUCGAGCAGACUCUCCCCGAGGCUCUGGAAGACGACGUCCUGACCUGAGUCAGAAAACACACUUUUUAAAACCCAGACAACUGAGAGAGGGGGGGGGGGAUUCAAGGAGGCUCAAAAUAAACACACUGGACAUUUCGUUCUCGUUCGAUGUAUACGUGAAGCUGCCAAAUGCUUCCAGGAUGCCAUCUUGAAAUGAUUCUGCUCUGCUGCAGUAAACAGGUGCUCCAGUCUGACUCCAGUUUCAGCAGGUGAUCGGCUGAAGCCUGAAAAACCUCUCAGAGUGCAAAAGAAGAGAAAAUGAGGAAAAGGCACCGACCUGCAAACUUGUCUGUCUGGGUUUCAUCCAUCGACCAGAAGCAGUAGUCGUAAGCAAAAGACUGAAGGAUGAAAAAAACAAAAUAAAUAAACAAACAAACAGCUAACAAGUGACCCGUUUCUUCAGUUUAUGAUGCAAAGAGUUAGAAAAUAAAUGUUUUAAUGCUCACCUUCGGCUGGCUCCUGGAGGCAGUAAAGAGAAAAAACAAAAUAUCAGUAAACAACCACAGUGAGAAGAAACACGAACAUGUGACUGAGGAAACACACAGCUGUACAGAGGGAGGGUCCUUCCACAGGACUAAUGUCUGAGUUCUUCAGGUGUCAUAAAGCGGACUCUCUUUUAACUCAGCUGAAACACCAAUCGUUCCUAAAUCCUAACCGGGUCAGGACCAGUUCAUUUUUAGAGAUAUAAAGCAAUACACAGUUCAACAUCACCUCAGUGGAAACAACUACAGUACCUCUAAGUGGAGUUUCGAGGAAACUGCAUGUUACUCCUUUAGUUUGAGAGCAUUUGAACAUUUAAACGACUUUAAACUUGGAUGAACUAACAAACAGGAUGUGUCGGUUUCAGUCAUAUCAGAUAGAAGAGUUCAAAUCCUCCAGACUUCCUUUUAAAAUUCACAGAUUGAAGCUGAGUGAGGGACGGAUAACUGAUUUAUCUAUCAGUACAUGCACUGACUGUAGAGACAUUUAUUUGUUUAUUAAAAGAAAACUUUUCUAUCUAAUUAAUUGAUCAUACUUUCUCCUUCUGGAUCAAAACCAAGUCUUAUAAUGUCAAGUGAGCCGAAAUCGGAUCAGAAUCUUCCUAUCGACAUGUUCACAUGGUGCACUUUUAUUCCGAUCGGGCCUUUAUUCUGAUUAUUAUUACUGUCACAACAGUUCCCCUGACAUUGCUGUAGUCUGCUCACAUACUGUAAUAAUAACACAAUCUCACUGAAGUCAAAAGGAAGUGCUGGUACUUCACGGACACUUUAAUAGAGAGAGGCACAGCAGAUCUGACCAUUUCAGUUCAAUGUUACUGAGGAAAGAAGAAGAAGUAAAAGUAAAGUGGUGAGCUUAAAAAUCUGUCAAGGAGAAUAAUCCUCUUUGGAGGGAGAGGGGACUGUGACCUUCAGCAACACUCACAUCCUCAGAGUCACCGCUUUAUAACUUCAUUUAACCACCACAGCAGACAGCAGCUUCGCAGAGAUCAGUCAGCAAACAUCCUCACAUUCCAGAGAGCAGACGUCAAAUGUUAUUAUUGAACCCUGGAUUCACGAUAUUGUACACCAGAUGUGUCACAUUCAUGCUGCAGCACGUUGAAGUCUCUUAAAUUCAGUCCUGUGAAAAAUGCACCAUGAUGUUGGACAUUAAUGGUCAUAUUUAGGUGAGAUAAAUGUGAAAUUAGUACAUCAGAGCUGUUUUAAUGAGUCAUAAUCAAUAAAGGAAGACAAAGAGCUGCUUUUUAAACUUAUUUCAGCUGUAAAAAUCUGUUAUAUACAUUCGUCUCCAUUUUUCUAUCACUUCUGCUCAUUAUUAUAUGAUUUAUUUUUUAAAAGCUGUUUAGCAAAUUGCCUCCAGAGGCCGUGAGGCAUUCAGGACAAAGCGAGUCCAGUCAUAAGUUGAAAUACUGGACCACAAAGGGAUUAUAGGAUUAAACAUUUUUCCCAUUAGUUGGUGUUUCCUACACUUCAUAAUGACUUUAUUGUUGUUGAAAACUAAGAGCAUAAACACCAGCUCAGUACAGUUGUAUUUGCAGUAACUUUAAAUCUAUUAAAAACGCAGAGAGAACGGUUGGUUUUGUAUCAAUCAGUCUUAAUCUUGCACAUCCAGUUUCCAGGGACGCCCCCCUUUGAAGACCUGAACCCUGAUGAAGUCAAAACACACAGUCUCCACUCAGGCAGAAAUAUCAAUUUGGCCACACGGGGGUUUCAGGGGUUGGAGGGAGGAGGCUUUCAUGAAACAAGGCCUCCCUAUGUGAGGCACAGCCAGUCCUUGAAAGAGCAAAAUUAAGUCCAGUGUGUCCCGGACUGGUGAGGACAUUCCUGAGAUAACUGGCAGAGACUUGAAGCUCCAAGGAGUCACGGGAGGAGAGGGAGGCCGGCAGGUCUGCCACCACCAACAACACAAAGACUGAGUCAAACAGACUGGAUCAGAAUUGUGUGGAAAACCAUCGACUCCACAAACAGAUAAAAAUUAGAGUCCUUAUCAAAGCUAAGCUGCUGACUCAUGAAGGGUUUCAUUUUUGGGGGUCUGAAGGCUCCUGCUGUCGUCUUGGUUGCAGCGACCGAGGGUGUCGUAACACAUUAACACCCCCUGAGACUCAUGCAGCAAAUCAGAGAGCUGACAAAGCACAAACUUUGUGAAAUAGGCUGGUCAGAGACUUUCCUCACAGAAAAGCUUUUCUAUUACGCUCAUUAUGCCCCGUAAUAGGAUUCAGUCCGCUGGGAAACGAAUCAAGAAUGCUUUCACACAAACUUAUGUUUUCAGAGAAAGAAAUAGUCGCUGAACUGCGGCUGGAAAUCACUUUACUUCUUUAGUUCUGGUAGGUGUUUGUCUGCGGCGCACUGGGCCUGUAAAACCUGUUCACAUCGAUCCCCACAGGGGAACUAUAGUACUGCUCAAGCGUGUCAGGACAGGAAAGACACCCACAGAAAUAUACCACACACAACAAAUGUAAAUAAAAACCAGGAAAUGUGAGACUCUUUUUUUUUUUAAAGACAGAGACUCACACCUUCAUAUCAAGACGGGGGUUUCCUUGAGGUUAAGAGGAGCCAGAAAACCUGCAGGGAACAUGAACCUGCACUACUCUGGGCGCCUGCAGGAGAAAAAGGAGUGUCCUGUUUUUACCAACAAACAUAUUCAGAAACAUUCAACACAAGCCCGUUGGCAUGUUUUCAUUCACUGCACAUAUCUGUCAUUUCUCCGCCACUCUCUCCUGCGAGGAUUCUUGGGUAAUAUUUCACCGAGGACAUUUUUCUGUUUUCAUCGCGUGUGUUACGAGUCUUAACUCCGGCCCUUCUUCCUUUGUUUUAUUCUCUUGAUUUAACCCUCGUCUACCUGAGCAGGAUGGAGCUCGAACAGACACACCCUUUGUAAAGAGAGGAAUGCUGCAGGAAGGACACUGGGGGGGAGGAGGAAGACAUGGGAAGGAAAAAUAAAAAAGGAGGACGGGUGGAGCGACAAUUAAGAUGGGAGAUUUUUCCACGGAGCUGGAUGGACGAGUUAAGAGUCAGUAUAAAAUCAUCGUCCUGUAAUCCAGCGGAUGAUUAAAUCAGUGACACAUAUCUACUGUAACUGCCACUUUAAUGAGGUAAAACAUUAAACCGACACUGCAUGGAGACGCUCUUCAUGGUGUCAAGCUUUCUGAGGGCCCUAUUUAAUGGAAAUGUUGAAGUACAAAAACAGACCUGAUACUGACUCAUCAAUGCACAGAUUUCCUGUUUACAUCUAGAAAGAAAUCUACAAGGACAUAUAAACCAGCAUGGUUCAAAAGACAGAGAUUCAGCUCUGACGUGUUGAGUUUAAAGGCCUUCAGGACCGAGGUUAUCGAAGAGCUGAGACUGCUGAACUUCGUUUUUUAUCUUUUAGAGGAAUUCAACUCAAAGUUAGGGGUUACAUUUGGUCGAUGACAGGGAUUUUAUUGCUGCUAUUUUUUAUUUUAUUGAGACUGUAAAUAAGCAAAAACUUUAUAUGACUGCUUGAGAUCAAAUUACUGGAUACUUCAGAGCUAAAUCAAAUCAAAUGUAGAAAUGCAUCCCAGUCUUUGACAGCAUGUUUGACAAAAACUCAUUUGAGUAACUCAUCACUCAAACAGAAAACUCCUCAGACUGCCUGUAAACAAACGACCAUCCACCUAUCCUUACAUCCACAGACUGUCACAGAGACAGUAGCUACAGACCCGUUAGUGUUCUACCAGAACCCUG